AUGGUUUUUUCACUUUAUAAAAGAGAGUCCAGCUAUCAGCGGUUGGGCCAAUUCAGAGAAAUGCUCCUUAUGUUGAUUCUGCUGCAGUUGAUCAGCCCCGGAAGUGGCCAGGUGGCUGUAGAAUCCUGUAGCUACAAUACAGCUCACACACUGGCCAACUGCAGCUCUCGUCAACUUCAUUAUGUACCUUCGACCCUUCACAAAAACAUUUUAACCUUAGACAUCAGUGGCAACAACUUUACAGUUCUGAGCAACCAAAGCUUCAUUAGCUAUAAUUAUAUCAAUAACUUGUACCUCAAGAACAACUCUAUUCAUAUCAUUGAAAGCCGAGCAUUCUUUAGGUUGAACUAUAUAACUCUGUUGGACCUCUCCAACAAUAAACUAUCACACAUACCUUUUGCCUCAUUGGAAGUCAUCGCUCGGUCCUUACUUUAUCUUUUCUUGUCCGGUAACAAAAUUCAGGUAGUUCCUGGCAAUAUGUUUGUGAACUUUUCAAAUCUGCGAUUGUUGGAUUUAAGCGGGAACAGCAUCCACAAGGUUGAUUACGGAGCCUUUAAAGGGCUGCACUCCAUGCUUGAAUUCAAAAUCAGGCAUAAUAUUUUGUCCUUUCUGCCUCCAGAUGCGUUUGAUGAUUUCCCAGAAAAUAUCAACAAAGUUCAGCUCUACGACAACCGCUGGUUCUGUGACUGUAAACUCAGAUGGUUACGCCAGUGGCUGAACAACACCAGAGAAUCUGUUUGGGACGCCUCUGGUUAUAAAAUUCGCUGUGAUGGUCCGACCAUAGUUCGCGAGAGACCUCUGGACUCGCUCUCGAUGGAUGAGUUGGCCUGCAGCGUCCAAAUGAAAAUUAGCAGCUCCACGCAGGAAGUACCCAAGGGAGCUAAUAUAACAUUGUACUGCAAGUAUUCUUCAGUUCCCGAUGCAGAAGCAAAGUGGUUGAAGAAUUCUGAAAUAAUUGACGUGCAGAAGAACGCCCACAAAUACGGCGUUGAGACACAGAUCCUUGAAGGCCAUCGAGGGGAGAGGAUACAGCAGAGCGAGUUGAGGAUCAGAGACUUUCGAUAUGAAGAUAUCGCUAAAUACGCCUGCUACGUGCAGAAUAUCCAAGGUUUUGCUACUACAGAAUAUAAGCGGACACUAGAAGGUGUACCAUUUGUUGACGUCACCCCUUCUCCUAACGUGGAGACAGCUACGUCUGUUCUGGACCCUCGUAGUAUUGUCAUUGCAGUUGCUGUGGUCUGUGGCAUCAUCCUUGUGAUUGUUGUUAGCGUUCUUGUAUUUUGUUUUGUGAACCGGUUGCAGCGCAAGAGGCAGGCCAAGAAGAAUGCCAUUGUAGAAAAUGUCAAGCAGCACUUUAUUAAUAACAGUGAAGCAACCAUGAGCAAUGGAGACAUCAAUGGUCUGAAUGAUACCAAGCAGAGCAACAAGUCUGGGGAUGAUAAGCUGGAUCUGGGAAAUGAUGACAACAGGUCCAACUCCAACAACACUAAUGAUUCCAACGUAACAGCAGUCAAACGACCGUUGGACCUCGGUGACACAGAGCCCCUCUACAUUUUUGAGCAGCCCGAGUCACCUUUCACUAAUGGAAACACGUACGUCUCCUUCGGAAGUGAGCUGACUGACCCUGGAGACUUCACGCUUCCUCCUCCUCAGUACACGCACACACCAAACACCCGCUAUGAGAGCUCACAUGCGGGAUCAGCAACACCAUUGCUAGACCGCUACACGCCAUCAAUGUUUGACUCUGAUGAGCCUGUAGAAGACUAUGCUCAUUACCCAGUGUAUGAUUCCCUGACAAACACUCUGCAACAUCCUCAGAUGGAUGGCAUGUACCGGAAUGGAAGCACCAGCGGGUACAGCAGCUACCGUUCCAAUGACGCAGCUAAGAGACUCAGUGGGUUCCACUACCCACCCAGCGUCAACGGGUCCAUGCCUCAGACACCAGGGAGCACCAGAUCCACACUGGCUCUUGCGCCUAGAUACGCUGAGUCAGAAAUAGAUGAGUUUUACCCACCUGACGUAUAUCACACCACACCCAACCCAGUAGACUAUCGUGACUAUCAGGAUGUGGGGUAUCCGGUAGCCACACCCCCUCCCCAUCGGAUGACCCCGGCCACCAAAAAGAGCAUGUCCGUCGGCAACCUCGGCUAUGCACCCCUGUCAGUGGGUCCAAGAAAACCCCCCAGAUUAUUUCAGUCUCGGGAGUACAUGGAAUUAACUCCCCACGAAGGAGGAAGCAGUGACUAUAUUACCUCCCCUGAAGCUCAGCGGUACAGCCAGAAUUAUGGGAUUACGCCCGGCACUCCUGUGUGA